CAGUUAAGGUUUAAUAAACCACAAAAGCAAGAGAUGAUCUCAUCACUGAACUGCAGAGCGACUGUUUAUCUGUUCAGUUUUGCUUUCGGCUGUCAAAUAUGUCGGUGGAAGAAGAGGAAAACGCGGCCGAGCUCAAAAUCCCAGAUGAAUUUUUGAAGGCCAAGUGUCUAAUGAACUGUGAAGUUGCUCUUAUUCUUGAACAUAAGUAUGAGCAGCUUCAACAGAUGGCGGAUGACCCAAUGAAUCAAAUGUCACAGGUUUUUGAAAAAUCACUCCAAUAUGUGAAGCGCUUUAGCCGAUAUAAGAAUCCGGAUGCUGUCAGACAAGUUCGAGAAAUUCUGAGUAGAUAUCAGCUGGCUGAAUUUGAGCUCUGUGUACUUGGGAAUCUUUGUCCAGAAACGGUGGAGGAAGCCAUAGCCAUGGUUCCGUCAAUCAAGACGAGAGGACGAGCUCAUGAUGACGAGGCAAUUGAGAAAAUGUUGAAUGACCUCUCUCUGAUCAAGAAAUUUGAAUAGUGUUGCUUUACUCUUGCACGUAUAAUGGAAUUACUUAUUUAUGGCUAAUAUUAGUAUUAGUGCAUGAGUUUUUAGUUAUCUCCUUGAACACCUAUCUUAGUUUUUGGGUAAGAAAGUUUGUUUUUCUGGGAUAGGGGAUGCUUACAUAACCAUUUCUGUUUUUUGGAUAAUUACUCAUGUAUUCAUUAAAACGUCAAUAUCAUUUACACUAGUUACCCAA